AAAUAAAGGGAAAAGAUAAAUAAAAUUUAUAUUUAAAAAAAUCUCAUUUAAUUCUUCACCUCGUUCCUUCAAUAUGUCAGCUUCCAUUAGAAAUAUUGUUACGAAACAAACAGCAUCAUUAUAAAGUUUUCUUUCGAUAUUCCUAAGGAUUUGGAAGAAGAUGGCAAUGACAGCACCAAUAGUGGCAAGGACAUAUGUUAGAUAUCAUAAGUACCGUACACUUACAAGAUGUAUGAGUCAGAGAGCCAAGGAGGUGCAGACAAAGGCUUUACUAGAUAAAAUAAUCAGAAUAGAUCAUGCUGGAGAGUUUGGUGCUAAAAGAAUUUACCAGGGUCAGCUUGCUAUACUGGGCAACACCCCAACAGGACCUAUAAUACAGGAGAUGCAGGAAGAAGAAGAGAAGCAUCUGGCAGAGUUUGUAAAGUUGAUGCGAGAUCACCGUGCUAGACCAACUGUACUCUUACCUCUGUGGAAUAUCGCAGGAUUUGCACUUGGAGCUGGGUCUGCAUUGCUUGGUAAAGAGGGAGCUAUGGCAUGUACAGUAGCUGUGGAGUCUGUAAUUGGUCAACAUUAUAAUGA